GGGGGAAAAGAAGAAAGAGAGGAAGUGGGAAGAAAGAGGAAACUGCAGCAGAGAAGACGCCUUCAUGGCAAGACCCUCGGGGCUGGAGGUUCGGCGGAGCCCAGGCAUGUCUCGGGGCAGGGAGUUCCGCAGGCGGGGGAGCAAGAGAGUGGCAAGGGCUUGCCUUAAGGUUCCCUUGCUUUCUGGGGGCGGGUGUCACGUGCUUCAGAGGCCGGGCAGGGCGCCCAUAGAGCCUCGGGUCCUCCUCGGGCCAGAGGGGCCUAUUUUUCCCGCCAGAGCGAUGCCGAAGUCCCGCCCCUUCCUCCGAGGCCUUGCUCUCCAUUGGCAGCGCCAGGUCCGCGGCACAGAGGCGCGCGAGGGCUAGAAGGGCGGAGAGGAAGCGCGGUCGCCAUGGAGACGGGGGAGGGCGGGAGCAUAGAGUGUCGGCGAGGGGAGGCAGCAGAGCGGCCGGGUCGCCUUCCCGGAGCAGCGGAGGCGGCGGCGGCGGCGGGGUCGCCAUGACGUCCGCCUCCACCAAGGUACCGCGGAGGGGAGGGGGAAGCGCCGCCGCCAAGGAUUCUGGGAGGGGGGAGGGUGCCUCUGAGCAUGGGCCGAGUGCCGCGCGGCGGGAGGAGGGGGAGCAGGAGGGCAGAGCUCGCUCCCUCCCGGGGCUGGUUCGCCCUUCCGCCGCCCCCAAGGGAGACGGGGGGAGGAAGAAGAGGCCACGUCGCCCGCACCUUCCCGCACUGCAGCGGGUUGGGCUGGAUGACCCCUGGGGGUCCCACGCGGCUCCGUGCGGUUCGGGAACUUCAGCUGGGGCAGAAUUCAGGUCGCCAGAGGGUCUGAGCCGGGACCCCCAUCCUGGCCCUUCCGCCCGGGCUCCCCAUUCAAAGUGUUGGUUUUGAGCUAUAAAGCCUUAAAGAGGCCGGGACCCUCCAGGGCCGCCUCUCUCCCCACCCGGCCCCCGAGAUACUCCUCGCCUAAGGCCCUUCUUCGCGUCCCUCUACGGGGCCUUUUCUGCAGUGGCUCCCCGUUGGCGGAAGACUUGCCUGCCACCUCCUUUCAGCACCAGGCAGAAAGCAUUUCUUUUCUCGCAGGCCUUUGGCCUUCCGAAAGUGUUUGGGAUUAUCGGCAGUUUUUCUAGAAAAAGAGGCCCCGGAACUCACCGCAAGCUUCUCCCUUGUUCUCUUAGCAUGCCAGUGGCACCACCUGAGAGGGGCCUGAGCUGAGAUCCGGCCGGAAAAAAGCCCUUGGUUAUUGUUUUGUUUUCCCUUAAGCUAUUUAUUUUGUGUUUUGAUGUUGCGAACCGCCCUGCGAUCUACUGACGAAGGGCAGUAUACAAAUUCAAUAAAUGAACGAACGAGUGAAUAAAUAAAUAACGUACUCUGUGCAUGCUCAGAGGCACCCAGAGAAGCACGCCUCCUGGCAGGCUUUUGUGUGUGUGGGGGGGGUGAUCUGCAUGCCUCCCCCCUCCCCACCUUUUGUGGAGGGCAAGAGGGCUCUUAGCAAGGGGGCUUUGCAGUGGCCCACCCCCCUGCCCACCCUUUCUCCCCUCUGCCUUCUUCAACAAACUUCUCUCCCCUCCACAGGUGGGCGAGAUCUUCUCUGCCGCUGGCGCCGCUUUCACCAAGCUGGGCGAGCUGACCAUGCAGUUGCACCCUGUGGCCGACUCCUCGCCAGCCGGGUGAGCCCCAAGGAGGGAGGGAGGGAGACCCCCCCCCCACCGCGGCUUCUGUGGUCUCAGUCAGGGGGCUGCCCAUCUCUUCCAAGGGGUGGGGGCAAGGUGGGACGCAUGCUCCACAGGCUGCCCCCAGAGGCGUCCCUGGGCUCCCUUGCACCUUGGCAAGGAAAUGCGCCCUCACCAUGGACCAGAAACUCAAAAAGGCUGCAUUUUGUCAACUUUUGUGCUCUGCCGGUGAACAACGCUCCUCUUACGGGGCAGGUGGGCUGGUGGGUUCCUAGCCGCUCCGAGCCACAGCGGAGAGCAGUGGUUUUUAAUAAUAAUAAUAAUAAAUAAUAAUAAUAAAUUUUAUUUAUACCCCGCCCUCCCCGGCCAGAGCCGGGCUCAGGGCGGCUAACACCAGUAAAAUAACAGUAAAAACAUAAUAGGGGAAAAAACAACCAAUUUAAAAUACAGGUGAAAAUGCAAUUUAAAAUGCAGCCUCAUUUUAAAAGUAGCCCCUAGAUCAAAACUGUAAGGGGAGGGAAACCUAAGGGUCAGACUGAGUCCAAACCAAAGGCCAGGCGGAACAGCUCUGUCUUGCAAGUCCCGCAGGGCCCUAGUCUCUUGGGACAGAGCGUUCCACCACGUCGGGGCCAGUGCUGAAAAGGCCCUGGCCCUAGUUUUUGCACCAGCCCCUAGGUGUGCCCCCCCUCUGAGCACUAAAAUCAUCACAUAGCCUGGGGAGACCAUUUUCCAUGUGCCCAACUGACGUGCUUGUGCACGGGCCUGUGAUUCCAUCUAUACUAUAUGUAUAAAUUGCAAGGCGCCAUAUAGAUCUAGGUGUGUGUCGUAUAGAACAGUGUUAAAUAUAUCUUAUAUAUUGUAUUAAGAACAUGCAGAUCACUACAUGGCCCAGCACCAGUUCUGAGGUCCCAAGUGCCAUGGAAACGCCGUUGGGCCCCACUGCGGACCCCACCCAGCACCCAAACCCUCCCACCCAUAGGCUCUCCCUGUGCGGGGGCGUCAAGAGGUUGCACGCCCCUUUUUGCAUUUUGGGGGUGGGGGAAUGUUGCUUGAAGGGCAUCCCUGGCAGCAGAAGGGGCGGGAGGAGGAGAAGGAGCAGGUAGCAGCGGUGCGAGGAUCCUGACCCCCCACUCCCCACUGUCCCCCCCAGGGCCAAAUGGACCGAUGCGGAGAUCUCCCUGCUCCGGGCUUCCGUCCAGCGCUUUGGAGAUGACCUUAACCGCAUCAGUGCUCUCAUCAAAGACCGGACUGUGUAAGGGCUGUGGGGGGCAGGCGGGGGGCGGGCGGGCGGGGGGUCCUUGCACAGCUCCAGAGAGGCCGUUCCACAGGGCAGCGUAGGAAACAGGUGCUGGACGCGCCAAGCUUCUUUAUUUCCGUUUUGCGUCCUGUCCUGUUCCUGCUCUCCUCACAGCAGCCCUGUGGCUUUUGAAUGGCGGCGUCCGGCUCUCUAACCACUCCACCGCGCUCCUGUUGAGGGAAUCUGACCUCUCCUCUCCCCCAACCCCCAGGGCCCAGCUGAAAGGGGCGGCCAAGCGGAAGGUCUACGAGGACAGCGGGCUGCCCCUCCCCUCGGAGUCCCCCAAGAAGGGGGCCCGCAAGGGGCAGCCACAAGGUCCCCCCUCCACCCAGGGGGCGGGCGGCCACCCCGACCCUUCGGCUCCCCCUGCGAAGAAGCAGAAGGCAUCUGGUGAGUGGCACCCGGGGGGGGGUUGCUCUCUCUGUUUCUUGGGGGGGUCUCUCUGUACCAGGAGCCGGGGUCUGCGUGCUCACCCCCCCAUUAAACCAGGGUCUCCCCCCCCUUCCGACAGACGUGACCCUCAGCGCUUUGAACGACUCUGACGCCCACAGCGACCUGGUGGACAUUGAAGGCUUGGGAGACGCGCCCCCUGCCAAGAAGCUGAACUUCGACCAGGGUAAAGACUCGGGGGUCCCGAGUGGGUGCUGGGGGGCCCCUCCCGCCCUCUCUUUCUCCCCCCCCCCCAUGGGGAAUUGGCUCCUCACACCUACUUUGUGGGGUUUGGUUGGUGGGCUGGGUGAGAGGUGCCGGGUGCUAAAUGUCCCCAGGUUAGGGGGCUGGGCUCCCCCUGCUGGGUGGGGCAGGGGCCUUAUGGGUGGAUUGGACUGUGCCCCCCCCCCGUUCCCCCCUCCCUCCAGCUCCCUGGUCCUUUCUCUUCUCUUUCUAGACAGCCUGAAUCUGGACUCUGGACUCCUCAUGACCCCUGGCACAGACUUGCCCCUCCUCUCCCGCUGAUGGACCACCUGCCCCUGCCCUCCGGUGGGGGGGCUCUCUCUCCCUCCCCCCCCCUGAUCUCGUGGCCCCCCAUGCAAGCACUGCCACUCCAGGCCAAGGACUGGUCCUCCUCCUCUGGUCCUCCUGUCUCCGGGAAGGGGAGUUCAUCUAUCUCAACUCCUCACCCUCCUCCUGGAUCUUUGCCCCCCCCCAGUGGGGAGAGGAGAGGUUGAGGAGUUGGGGGGCUGCCCCCUCCUUCCCCACCUGGGCGUGCUCAUGCUCCACUCCUCACCUGCCCUGUAAUGAUGGAUGCGGCUGCCCCCAGUCCCUGCUGACCCACGGAGGCCCCCUUGACUCCCUCGCUGUGCCCCAUGGGGCAGGACUCCUCUGCAAAUGGGGGGGCCCUCCUUAGCUUCACCCCACUCCCCCCCCCCAAGUGCGGUUUUGUCUUUUUGUAUGAUGAUGAUGAUGGUAGCAAUAAAAGCCUCCUGCCUCCCU